AUGAAUAGAGAGAGAGAGAGAGAGGGGCACUGAGGACGCGGAAAGGGCCAAAAAAAAAGACGAGAAAGAAGAGAGGAGGAAAUAGUAAAUAAAUCAGGACUAGUUUAUUUUGUCUACGUAACGUGAAGUUAUCAGUAGAAAACGGACAAGUCAACCGCUUUUUCAUACGUUUUUUACAACACCACGAGGACAGAGACGGGAGAGCCGCGUGGAAUAUGUUCUCUUUGUACUGAACAGGAGACUCUUUGCUAUAGCUGUAUUUUUAUGCGACGAAUUGUCACAGUGGAAAUAAGCCAAUUUUAUAGUCUAUUUUUGAUGGUGAUUUUGAUUUGGAAACCACCAAGUGAACCUAAUGCCAUGCUCUUUUGCACGAAGGGAACAAUAGCGUAACAGAGACUUGACUCGGUACAUUUUCUAUCUGCUCCUGUAGAAUCAAUACCGCGUUAAACGACCACACAACACGGAGAACAAUACAAAAAAUAACGCGAAUAAAUUCGCUCUACCAACAGGACUUCCAGGAUCUUCUUCAGCCGACCGAACAUGGCUGCGGUUACCAGCCCAGAGACGAGUCCUCAACCCCGGGUAUAUUUCCAGACGGCAGCUGCCGGUUCCACCGAAGAACCGGAGAUCCCUGUUCGGAAGCAAGGGCGAGUAACCGUGAAAUAUGACCGAAAAGAAUUGAGAAAGAGACUGAAUCUGGAGGAAUGGAUAAUCGAUCAGCUAACGGCUCUUUACGACUGUGAGGAAGAGGCUAUACCAGAGUUGGAGAUAGAUGUGGAUGAGCUGCUGGACAUGCCCAGUGAUGAUGACCGAGGAGCCAGAGUUAAAGAUCUCUUGAUAGACUGUUACAAACCUACUGAGGACUUUGUGUCUGAUCUGCUGGAUAAGAUACGUGGCAUGCAGAAACUCACCACCCCCCAGAAGAAAUAACCUCACCCCUUUCUCCUCCCUCAGCCCAAAUGGCCUUCCCCCACCCCCAACCUCACCCAACUGAAGAAAUAGGAGCUUUGCCUCCUCAGAGAUGGCGGGAGGAGGAGGAGGAGGAAGAGAAGAGAGUGGAGUAGAGGGACGAAGAUAAAGAGAAGAGAAGGUGGAAGAGGAGGAGAGAAGAUUGAAGCAGCCAAUCAGAUCUAAGCAGGGCUCAUGAUGUCCUAUCCUGUGGUUUUAUUUUAAUGUUAUAUUUAGUUGAAUCUUAUUUUUUAGUUUUUUUAAAGGGGUUUGUAUUGUUGUUAAAUGAUCGAUGGAUCUGUGCUAUUUCUCAUGUUAAUGUGAUGCCAGUGAACAUAGCAUACUAUAAUGUGGCUGUAUGUUUAGUAGUGGUGAGUUUUAGUCCCAAAUGGUAACUUAUCUUUUAUAGUCCACUACUUCUAACCAGGGCUCUGGUUGUGGACUGGGCGAUAGGGAGCCAUUUUGGCUCUGGUUGUGGACUAGGUGAUAGGGAGCCAUUUUGGCUCUGGUUGUGGACUGGGCGAUAGGGAGCCAUUUUGGCUCUGGUUGUGGACUGGGCGAUAGGGAGCCAUUUUGGCUCUGGUUGUGGACUAGGUGAUAGGGAGCCAUUUUGGCUCUGGUUGUGGACUGGGCGAUAGGGAGCCAUUUUGGGACGUAACCUUUUGAGUUUUAGGAUGGGACUGACUCCUGCGUAUAAUACAGUGUAUACAUUUAAAUGUUAGUCAUUUAGCCGAUGCUCUUAUCCAGAGCGACUUAUAGGAGCGAUUAGGGUUAAGUGCCUUGCUCAAGGGCACAACGGCAGAUUUUUCACCUAGUCGGUUCGGGGAUACAAACCAACAACCUUUCUGUUAUUGGUCCAAUGCUCUUAACCACUAGGAUACCUGCUGCCCUAUACGCAGCUCUGUGUGUGUUUAACGUGUGUGUGGUCUGGAACACACACACACACACACACACCGGGGGACUUGAACAAAGUGGCCUUGUUUCUUUCUUGCUCUAUAUUUCUCUGUCUCUUUUUGUUCUUCUUCUUCUUCUUCUUCUUCUUCUCUAAAACAGUUUCUUUUGUCUCGCGUAGUGUGCAGUCUAAGGGCUAUUUUCAGUGAGGGUCAUGGAGAGUUUUCAGUAGAGCAGUGAACCAAUGAGGGGUGAGAUGGGAGGAGGGAGUGAAGGCAGGGCAAGCAAAGGGAGGGGGGGGAGAGGGGGGGAACUGUAGUGGAAAAUUAUGGCUGUCUGGAUGCUUUUAUCCAAAUAGCAACACACACACUCACUCACACACACUCACACACACACACACACACACACACACACACACACACACACACACACACACACACACACAGGAAACAGCAGUAACACAGUCACAGACCACAGCUGCUGCUCCUUCAUGCUCACAUGUUAAUAGUGGCUCUCUCUCCAACAAACACACAAAUGGGAAGGGGGGGGGGGGGUGAAAAACCUAAUCAUUGAGAGAUAAAUAGAGCGACAGGGAGAGAGAGAGAGAGAGAAUCAGAGGUCUUACCCUUCCUGGCUCACAAGGCCUCAGUGUUGCUUAUCAGCUCUCUAUCUGUCCUCACACACACACACACACACACACACACACACACACACACACACACACACAGACACACACACACACACACCCACACACACACAGAGACACACACACAUCUCUCUAUUUGGCCCUCACUCCUUCCUUCUUCUCUCUCCUUCCGUUCUACUUCCAACAAUCAUCUACACUGAUGACCCCUCCCUCCAUCUCUCUAUUCAAUCCGCAUCGUGGAAGUUCAGCUUUACAGCGUGUCUGAAAGGUGACGUUUCCGUGGAGACCUCAUUCACCGGUAAAACCUGUAUACGUCGACUCAAGUCGGAAAUGACCUUGACAUUUCUAUCACGGGCUUUUAAGGUUUUCCCAGAUUGAAUAAAAAUCCGACUUUGCCUUUUGGCCUUUAUUUAUGUUACAAACCAAAUAGAACGGGACUUUAAUUUUUAAUGGAACAAUGUUUGUUUGUUGUUGAUGUUUCUCCUCUUUUUAAAAAGGAGAUCCUAUUGUUGUUUAGAAAAUAGGUCAUCUAGAGGUCACCUAGAGGUCAUUUAUAUCUCUACACUGCAUUCUUUAGAUGCAAAUAUCUAUUCUAGGUAAAUUUUUACUGUGUUUAUUAUUAUUGUUAUUAUUAUUAAGCCUGGGGUGUGUCCCAAAUGGCACCCUAUUCCCUAUAUAGUGCACUACUUUUGGCCAGAGCCCUAUGUGGGCCCUGUGAUAAGACUGCCGUCCUUUCCAGGGUGUACUUGUGCAUCUGCCUCACAGCACAUGAAAAAUGCUCAUAUGGGCUGUUCUGACUCUGAUAUGGCGACUUACUUACCCAUAAGUCUCUGGUCUAAUGUAGUGCAGUGUGUAGGGGAAUAAAGAAACCAUUUGAGACGUAGCCCUGAUAGACUGUUGUUGGGUGUGUCGGACUUAUUUUACUGUAUGACAACUUGCAAAAAAACAAACAAACAACAAAACAAAAAAAAAAUAUAUUUUAUUGAUUAAAAGAAAUGCUGUUUUAGAAGUGAUGUGUUUCUGGAGGAAAAGAUGAACAAACUGAAAAACAAAAAUGUAGCAAUAUCAACAGGGUCUUGUUAUUUACCAAUUUUGUUACACUUUUAUGCAACUUUAAUAAAAAUAUGUUAAAAUGAA